AGGGGAGAAAAGGUGAGGGACACGUCGCCUCCCUCUCGCGAAGAGGCCGGCGCCGAAUCCUUUUGACUUGCCCCCUCCUUCCAUCAGCGCUUCCGCUUCGCCACUAUAUAUACCACCCCAUCUCCAUCCGGAACUCUUCGUCUUCGCAUCCUCUCUCUCUCUCUCUCUCUCUCUCUCUCUCUCUCUCUGAACCAUCGACGCCUGCAUACUAGAAACUUAGUACGUGGAAAAGAUGGGAAGGACGCCGUGUUGCGACAAGAACGGGCUCAAGAAAGGUCCGUGGACGCCGGAGGAGGACCAGAAGCUGGUCGACUACAUCCAGAGGCAUGGCUACGGCAACUGGAGGACCCUCCCUAAGAAUGCCGGGUUGCAGAGGUGCGGGAAGAGCUGCCGGUUGCGGUGGACGAACUAUCUGAGGCCCGACAUCAAGAGGGGCCGGUUCUCGUUCGAAGAGGAGGAGACCAUCAUUCACCUCCAUAGCAUUCUGGGCAACAAGUGGUCCGCCAUCGCCUCCCGCUUGCCCGGAAGGACGGACAACGAGAUCAAGAACUUCUGGAACACCCACAUACGGAAGAGGCUCCUCCGCAUGGGGAUCGAUCCCGUGACUCACAGCCCUCGCCUCGAUCUCCUCGACCUCUCCUCCAUCCUGAGCUCUUCUCUCUACAACUCGUCCCAGAUGAACUUCUCGAGAUUGGCUGGAGUCCAGCCCCAAGUUAACCCGGAAUUACUAACGCUUGCGACCUCACUCCUAUCGUCUCAACAUCAACGUCACAGUUAUCUUCCACAAGCCCCGCAGGAAAUUGGCCAAAGCCAAAGCCAAUGCCAAGCACUCCUGAAAAACCAAAUGCAAACUCCAAUUCAAGAAGUCCCAGCUUGUGCACCGGCGAGCACUCAAUGCGUUUCAUUUUCCGAUGAAGCUUCGAGAUUUCUUCAGUCCAAUCUAGAGCAACAAUUUCCGUCGAAUUUCGCUGUCUCCAGCUCCCAAAGUUCUCAAGUCAUUGAUUGGAAGGAUAAUGGGCUGUCGUCGAACUUUACAGAUGAUUAUGCUCUGAUCCCACAUAAUUAUGAGAACCUCUAUGGUCUCGAUCCAGCCAUGUCGAAUUCCUCGGCUAUGUCGACGCCUUCAUCAAGCCCAGCGCCAAUGAAUUCGAACUCAACAGGCAUCAAUGGUUGCGGAACUGAGGACGAAACUUAUAGCAGCAACAUGAUGUUAACAUAUGUAGUACCAGAUAUUCUAGAUUGUAACGAGUCCCAGUUAAUGGGAAGCAACCAAUACUUCGGGUCUUGGAGUCAAUGUCAAUAAUUAUAGAGCUUUCUUGUAUCAAACUUCUUGCAACUUCAAUAACAUCAAUACCAGGAAGCAAGAUCAUCUCUGUCCUU